AUGAGUCAACUAGGUUUUUGCAAACUUAAAAAUGCCUAUUUGUUGUUUGUUGAUGAUCAGAUGUCUAACCUUCAAAAGAAAGAUGACGACGUGUUUGUUUAUCCAUGGAUGGGAAUCAUUGCCAAUAUACCAACGACAAUACAAAAUGGUAGGAAAGUGGGUGGAAGUGGAAGCAGGUUGCGUGACGAUUUGACAGAAAAGGGAUUUAAUCCAUCGAGGGUUCAUCCUCUUUGGAACCGACACGGCCAUUCUGGGUUUGCCAUUGUGGAAUUCAAGAAAGGGUGGGAUGGAUUUAAUAAUGCCUUCAUGUUUGACAAGAGCUUUGAGCAAGAACAGUGUGGGAAGAAGGAUUAUUUUUCACCUAGGAUGGAAAGAGAUAAGUUGUAUGGUUGGGUUGCUCGUGAUGAUGACUACUAUUCAAAAGGAUUAGUUGGCGAAUAUCUUAAAAACAAUGGGGACCUGAAGACUGUUUCGGACAAAGAAGCCGAAGAUCACAGGAAGGACUCAACAUUGGUGACAACGUUAACCAACACCUUGGAGACCAAGAACCAACGGCUUAAGGAAAUGGAGAAAAAGUAUACUAAGGUAAAAAUGUCCUUUUGGGCAUUGAUGGAUGAGAAGGAUGAGAUGAUCAAAGCUUACAAUGAAGAGUCAAGAAGGAUGCAACAGAAUGCUCAUGACCAUUUUAAGAAGAUUUCCUUGGAGCAUGAGAGGAUGGCCCGGCAGUUUUCUGACCAGAAAACAGAACUAGAGCAGCGUGAGAAGGAGUUGUUCGAUCGAGAGAUUCAAAAUGAGGCUGAGACAAGAAAACUUCAGCAUGAAAAGAUUAUGCAUGAGAAGGCAACCUUGGAGCAAACGAAGGCCGAUGAAAGAAUCUUAAGAUUGGCAGAAGAGCAGAAGAGUGAAAAGGAGAAACUUCAUAGAAAAAUCAUUGAGCUUGAGAAGCAACUUGAUGCUAAACAAGCUUUGGAGCUGGAGAUACAGAGCAUGAAAGGGCAAAUAGAAGUGAUGCAGCAUAUGGAAGGGGAUGGGGAAAUGAAGCAAAAGAUGGAGGCAAUUCAAGAGGAAUUAAGAGAGAAGGAAGAAGAGUGGAGCAGUGUGGAGGAGCUUUAUCAAGUUCUUGUUGUCAGCGAACGCCAGAAAAACGAUGAAUUACUGGAUGCUCGAAAGGAAUUAAUCGCCGGUUUGAAAGAUAUAUCCACCAAUACUCGUGCUUCUGUUGGUGUCAAGAGAAUGGGAGAGUUGGACAUCAAACCCUUCCGGAUUGCAGCCAAAAGAAAAUACUCAGGGGUAGAAGCUAAUCUGAAAGCAGCAGAGCGCUGUUCGCAGUUGCAGGACUACCUUCGAGAUUCUAAUUGGCACCCUUUUAAGAUACUCACGGACAAGGAUGGGAAUUCCAAGGAAUUACUUGACGAGGAAGAUGAGCAAUUGAAAGCCAUCAAGAGUGAGGAUGGAGAUGAAAUAUACAGUGCUGUUACAGCAGCCCUUGCAGAGAUUAAUGAGUACAACCCAAGUGGAAGGUACAUAGUACCCCAACUGUGGAAUUUCAAAGAAGGGAGGGAGGCAACAUUGAAAGAGGGAGUGGAGCAGUUGCUGAAUAAGUGGAAACAAUUUAAACGUAAGAAACACUAA